AUGUCAUAUACGGAACGAAAUAGUUUAUCACCAGAAAUAACGAUAGCAGAUUACUUAUUCCAUAGGUUAAAACAACUCCAUGUCGAAACAAUAUUCGGGUUACCUGGCGAGUUUAAUAUGCCUUUGCUGGACAGGCUAUACAAUAUUCCAGGCUUAAAAUGGGCAGGUAAUGCAAAUGAAUUGAACGCGACCUAUGCGGCAGAUGGAUAUGCUCGACUGAAGGGAUUGGGCUGCAUAAUUACAACAUUUGGUGUUGGAGAACUUUCGGCAAUCAAUGGAAUUGCUGGCGCAUUUGCUGAGCAUGUUGGUGUUUUACAUGUUGUGGGCAUGCCUCCAACGAGUGCUCAGACUAAACAGCUUUUAUUACAUCACACCUUAGGAAAUGGUGACUACAGAGUUUUUCACAGAAUGGCAAACGAUGUCAGUUUUUACAGUAGAAUUAUUAAUGACACUGACUUAUGUUCUAAUGAAGUUGAUAAAUGCAUUGAACUCGCAUAUUUGAAACAGAAACCCGUAUAUCUUGGUGUUCCUGUAAAUCAAGUUAAUUUAAAAGUUAACUCUGCUAAGUUGAAUAAAGAAUUACGAUUCAGAGUAUUAAAAAACAAUCUGGACAUGGAGAAUGAAGCUAUAAACUUGAUAUUGAAGAAAAUUUACACAUGUGAAUCUCCUGCUAUUGUCGUCGACGCUUGUGUAAAUAGACAGGAUACUGUUAAAGAAACUGAACAGUUUAUAAGGCUAACAAAUUUCCCAGUUUUCGUGACACCAAUGGGGAAAGGUUCCAUUGAUGAAAAUAUACCAACAUUUGGUGGAGUAUUUAGUGGGUCAAUAUCCUCACCCAACGUGAGAGAGGUUGUGGACUUCGCAGAUUUUGUCAUUGUGAUUGGUUCCUUAUUGACCGAAUUCAGUACUUCCGCAUUCCAUUUCUUCUACAAAUCUAAAAAUUGCGUUUUAUUAUUUGAUGAUUGUGUGAGAUUCAAGGGUUCUAUAUAUCCAGAUUUGUUUUUAAAGCCUCUAAUGAAAAAUAUUCUAUCUCGUUUGGAUCCAGGAAAGAUUAGCUUUAGACCCACCAGCGAUUGUAAUAAUCCCAUGAUCGUACCAAAAUCAAAACCAUCCGAUGACCAACUACUCCGACAAGAGUGGGUAUGGCACGAAUUCUCUCAUUGGUUUCAAGAAGGUGAUAUUAUAAUAACUGAACUGGGUACGUCGUCUUUUGGGAUAAAUCAGAUUAGAUUCCCGAGUCAUACCAAAGGAAUUUCUCAGGCUCUAUGGGGUUCCUCAGGAUAUUCUAUGGGCUCUUGUUUAGGUGCUUGUUUUGCGACAUUAGAGUCACAGAGUGCAUCUACUAGCACAAGACAAAGGGUUAUUCUUUUCAUUGGUGAUGGUGCAUUUCAAAUAACUAUGCAAGAAAUAUCGACAAUGAUAAGAUGGAAUUUGACGCCAUAUAUUUUCCUGUUAAAUAACCAGGGUUAUUCCAUUGACAGAUUUUUGCACCAUCGAAAAAAUACGACACUAUAUGACGUCCAACAAUGGAAUUACUUAUCAUUCUUCAAAGUGUUUGGUGCAACCGACUACGAAACAAGGAAAAUAGUGACCUUGGGUGAUCUUAGACAAAUGCUAGGUAAUGAAGAUUUUUCUAGAGCUGAUAGAAUUAGAAUGGCAGAGAUCAUGCUGCCUUCGAUGGAUGUUCCCAAGGCAAUUGUUGACAAAUGGCUACAAGAAAAGGAAAAAGAUCAUAUAAUCCCAGGAGAACAACUGGACAAUACUAUUCACGAUGAUUCACCAGCAUCCUUGGAACCAGAAAGGAAAAAGAGUAAGCGCGUAGUAUAA